UUUUACAGAAGUUGGUAUUGCAGCAACAAGUAAUCGUUUUAGUUUUGUGUUCUUUGCUGUCUGCUUGUCCUGACGCACCGAUUCACUGCAUUUUCCAGCAGAGAUCACAGGCUGGGAGGAUGACAGCUCGAAUGUAUUUCUCGUUGAUUGCUGUUUUUUUCUGUCUGUUUGGAUACUUCAGCAUAGCUCGCGCUAUUCAAAGACGAACCACAGUGGAUGGUUUCUGUCCGGAGAGGCUGAUGGUCGAACCAUCCCAUCGAGGCUGUUCCUCUGAUGAAGACUGCCCUGGAGGGCACAAAUGCUGUCGAUUUGAAUUUGGGCCUGUUUGCGUGCUGCCUGUUUUCAUGAAGCCAGGUCAAUGUCCCAUACCGGAGAUGAUCCCACUCUGUGCUGAUAGCUGUUUCAAUGAUGGCCAGUGUCCUGCCACACAGAAAUGUUGCCCAACCACCGGUGGCUUUGCAUGCAGUGAACCGCGUGGCCAGGGAAGAGGUCAGGCAACUUGCCAUGGAAACGGUUCUGGCCAGGGAAGCGGCUAUGGCCAGGGCGCGGGUCAGGGAAGCGGCUAUGGCCAGGGCGCGGGUCAGGGAAGCGGCUAUGGCCAGGGCGCGGGACAGGGCGCGGGACAGGGAAGCGGCUAUGGCCAGGACCUCUACUGUGUAACCUAG